AUGUAUUCAUACGCACACCGUAUAAAUAACGCAUCAACUUUUUGCCAGUCAUUGGUUCACCGAUGUAAGAUUCGUUCGCAUCAUCGACAACGGUCUGUACGCCGUCUAUCUUACCCGAGUAUAAUCAGCAAGAUUCCGGGCAAAAACAGAAGGGAGAACGGUUGUGGAGCUUUUGUUCAGGGCGGCUGUUCUGGUCUCUUUUAUAUAGAAAGCCCUGAGGGCUUCUGCCCAUCGGCUAAGAGCAGGUGUUCCUAUUGGCCAGACUGUUUACGCCAAAUAAGCACUGCAGCUCCAGAACUGUUGUCCAAUCCUUGUCAAAAGAAGCUUGUUGCCCAGCUGAUUGCUGAUCGCAAGAAAAAUGGAUGUGAAGAUGCCUUCUUUAUUUGUAACAUUGGCGACGUCAUUGAGAAAUACUGCAAUUGGAAUGUCAAACUUCGAAGGAUCAAGCCCUUUUACGCGGUAAAGUGCAAUGAUGAUCCUCUUGUCCUCAGGACCCUUGCAAACCUUGGUACUGGGUUCGAUUGUGCAAGCAAGAAUGAGAUCAACAAAAUUCUUAACUUGGGUGUUUCUAGCGACCGCAUAAUUUAUGCCAACCCUUGUAAGCAGAAAUCCUUUAUUAGGUUUGCUGCAAAGAAUGACGUCUCUUUAAUGACCUUUGACAAUGAAGCUGAGCUCUACAAAGUGAAAGACCUCUACCCUGAUGCAAGGCUGGUAAUUCGAAUCUUGCCUCCCAGCGACUACAAGGUACAGUGUGAGCUCAGCAUGAAAUUUGGUUGCCUGCCUAAAAAUGCAGGCCGUCUUCUAGAGAAGGCAAAAGAGCUUGGGCUGAAUGUUGUUGGGGUCAGCUUCCAUGUUGGUAGUGGCUGCCAGGAUGCUCGAGCUUUUGAAGCAGCCAUCACAGAUGCCCGUACUGUGUUUAACAUUGGUGAAAGUCUUGGAUUCAACUUCACAAUCCUUGAUAUUGGUGGUGGAUUCCCUGGACACAAAAUUCCAGAGAUUACCUUUGACGAGAUUGCCAAUGUUGUGAAUGACUCUUUGGACUUGCAUUUCCCUCCUUCCUGCGGGGUCACAAUUAUGGCCGAGCCUGGGCGCUAUUUUGUCUCUUCAGCAUUCACGAUUGGAGUUAAUGUCAUUGCAAUGAGGGUAAAAAGUAGGGACCAGGAUGAACGGGGAGCAGACAGAGAGCCAGAUGCAAAUGACGAACCACAUUACAUGUAUUACGUAAAUGAUGGCGUUUAUGGCUCCUUCAGCUGUAUCUUGUUGGACCAUGCAAAAGUGGUUCCGAAUGUAAUCACGGACCUGUCUGACUCAAUGUUAUACAGCUGCAGUGUGUGGGGCCCAACUUGUGAUGGCAUUGACUGUAUCCAGUCAGAAUGUCACCUUCCAGCUCUCGAAGUUGGUGAUUGGAUCUAUUUCGAAAACAUGGGAGCCUAUACUUCCUGCUCUGCCUCCAAGUUUAAUGGCAUGCCAGAGCCCAAGUAUUACUACUUUUGUGACAAUGUCCUAUGGGACAAAGUGGCUUGGAAAGAGCGCAACUGCUCCACUCUUUCUUUCCACUCUCCUCCCCACCUUUUCUCUCCUCCUCCACUCUUUCUCCUCCCCUCCCUCCACUCUUCCUCCCUCCACUCCCUCCCUUUCUCCUCCACUCUUUUUCUCCUUCUCCUCCCUCCACUCCUCCUCCACUCCUCCCCUCCACUUUUCUCCUCCCUCCACUCUUUCUCCUCCCUCCACUCUCCUCCCUCCUCCCCUCCACUCUUUCUCCUCCCUCCACUCUCCCUUCCACUCUUUUCCUCCCUCCACUCUUUCUCCUCCCUCCACUCUUUCUCCUCCUCCCUCCUCCUCCCUCCACUCUUUCUCCUCCCUCCACUCUUUCUCCUCCCUCCACUCUUUCUCCUCCCUCCACUCUUUCUCCUCCCUCCACUCUUUCUCCUCCCUCCACUCUUUCUCCUCCCUCCACUCUUUCUCCUCCCGAUUAAAUAA